AUGCUGACCCAGGCCCGUGUCAUGAUGGCUGAUGGUGGUGGGCCUGCCGUGGCUGCGGCCAAUGAACACUCCUAUGAUAUUGGGUUCAGACUUACGGAAGCUGCAGUUUGCACCUUGUGCAUUCCAGUGCAAUUCGUACAUGCCCCAGGUAAGAUGUCUGUACGAGGGUUGGACCCAUUCAACACAAGUGUUAUGUUGGAUGCCUUCACCACACGCGGCCAGACAGACACUUCAUUUGGGGCAUGCGCGAACUGCAAAUGGAAUGCCCAAGGCGCAACUCAGUGA